CAUCGGGGCGCUAGCAGCGCUUAUUGUUAUACUAACAAUAAUCGUCAUCUUUGUGAUUGUGCGCCAUAAACGACGUCAGCAUUUGAAUAGGCAAAGUCUAAAACCCGUAUCGGAUACCGUGUUGAAUAUAAACUUAAACAAUUUCCAGAACAAUGUCAACGGAAAGGUUUCCAACGGCAACGUGUAUAAUGGCGUGGCCACAGAAUAUGAUGAUCACGUCAAAGAAAUCAACGGGAAAGCCGUAUUGCCAGUAAAUGUCAAUUCGUUCAACUACGAGGAACUUGACGACUUCAAACCACCUUUAAUUGUAGCUUUACCUCCUGUGACGUCACCAGUGACGCCAGUGACGACAUCACAACAUUCCACAUUUAAAGCCAAGCCACAAAAUACCAGUAUGAAUGCUCUGGACAAACCACCAACUUAUGAUGCUUUAUAUGCUGCGUCUGACGUCAUCAAUUCUUGUGUACCCAACAUUCCAAGCCUUCAGGGCGUCAGCGGAAAUAAUGUUUAUGCUGUACCUAACUCGGACAUCCUGGUUAGCAGCGUAGACUGUACCCUUGUCGAAUUUCCACGGAGGAAUCUUCGAUUUGUAGAAGUUCUUGGUGAAGGGGAGUUUGGCGAGGUACACCUAUGCGAGGCAUUUGGUCUGCAGGACUCGUUUGGUGGAGAGUAUAUGAUGACAAGACGAAAAUCGGGCCCGGUACUGGUGUCCGUGAAGAUCUUAAGAAAGACAGCAGACGACCGAGCCAGGUCGGACUUCCACCGGGAGAUGAAAGUCAUGUCGAUGCUGAAGGACCCAAAUAUUGUUCGAGUUUUAGGGGUCUGCACGACGGAGGAACCCAUGUGUAUGAUUGUAGAGUAUAUGAAAUACGGUGAUCUGAACCAAUUCUUACUUGACCACUUGCCAGAAACUCACAUACAAACGCCAAAUGCCAAAAUAUUGAGUUAUGGAUGUCUUGUUUACAUGGCAUCACAAAUAGCUUCCGGUAUGAAAUAUCUUGAAUCCCUGAACAUGGUGCACCGGGACCUUGCCACCAGGAAUUGUUUGGUGGGUCCAUACUGUACCAUCAAAAUAUCGGACUUCGGUAUGAGUCGCAGUCUGUACAGUUCGGACUACUACAGAAUCGAGGGCCGAGCUGUGCUCCCCAUCAGAUGGAUGGGUUGGGAGUCGAUCUUGCUGGGUAAAUUUACCACGAAGAGUGACGUGUGGUCGUUCGCUGUGACAUUGUGGGAGAUUUUAACGUUUGCACGUGAACAACCGUUCGAAGGCCUCACGGAUGAGGAAGUGAUCUCUAAUGCCGGUCAUUAUUAUAGAAAUGAUAACGAACAUGUGGUCCUUUCCCACCCACCUAAUUGCCCUAAAGAAAUUUAUGACCUAAUGUGUGAAUGCUGGAAUCGACAGGAAAGUGAACGCCCGUCGUUUAGGGAAAUAAACAUGUUCUUGUGUAGAAAAAACAUGGGUUAUGACCCCAGGAAGGACAAUUUGGAUCACGUGAGCUAAAACAGAGCUAAAAAUAGAUUAUUCCAAAAGAGGAAGUAACAAAGAGAAUCAAUAUUGAUCUAAAAGAAUAUUAUCAUUAAUAUAAUUUGAGAUAAUUUGGAAGGAAACUAAUUUGUUCGUGCUUUUCGGCGUUCUUCUUAGAACGUUGUCUGUUUUAAUUUAAACUAUUGUGCUAUAAAAUAAGUGAACGUGCUUGAUAUUUGCACGCAUAUAUGGUUGCUUCAAACUACAAACAAUAUGUCGUCUGUCAACUUCUGUAUGUAUUGGAAAUGGCGGGAAAUUUAGAGUUAUCAGAGAACUUCGAGAGGUUGUAGAUAAUAAAUGAAAUAUAACGCACAGAUGGACGCUUAUGUGAAAUACAAUGUACAAUAAUCAUGUGACAUUUAUAUGAAUUUUAAUUGGUUGUGCUAGUGAGUGAUGUCACACUGUGAAUAUAUUUUGUGAUGAGCAUUGAAGUAAAAUUAUUGCUACUUCUGCUAUAUUUUAUUGUUAUAUAUAUUAGA